GCAUGGAAUUGGACAUGAGGGGGCCGGAGCAGCUGCUGCCGUCGCUGCCGGCGUCGUCGACGCGUCAGUUGGUGCGCAGGCGCAGUGGCCGCGCUGCGGAGAGUCCGAGGGGCCAGCGGUGCAGGAGCACCAAUACCACCAAUACCACCAAUACCGGCAAGGCCAACGCCAACACCCCAACCGCAUCCACCGGCAAGUGGCGCCGGCUUUCGCCUGCCAGUUCCGGCAACAUAGCCGUGGUGCGACCAGGUGGUAGCAAUGACACCCGGGGGCAGCAGGAUCGCAGGCAUCCACGGGCGUCGCCAGUGAAGCCUCCGCGGCAAGCUCUGUCCGCCAGGUUGGUGCCGCACUCCAAUCCUUACCUGGAUGAUCAGUCCCCCAAGGAGCGACGACCCAGCGUCAGUCAGCGAAGUCAGCGAUCAGCGGUGAGGAACCGUAACCAGCACCACCCAACGUUGGCCGCCACUCGAACGGCCUUCGGUGGGCACUACACCGUGCCUCCAGCGCCACCAGCGCCACCAGCGCCACCCACUCUGCGAAGAGCUGCUCCACAGCCGCCUGGCAGCCAGAUGCGUCCAUGUCUGCGAGCAGUUCGCGCCAAGGUCGACUCGCAUCUGUGUCCCCACCUCGCCACCCAUCCGCGUUCGGCGCCCAAGCAGCAGCAACGGGAUCAGCCCAGCUGCCAACGACCUUGCCAGCCCACAAAGGGCAAAUCCUUGGCGGAGGCGCACCAGCAGUUGGAGCUGAUGCUUUCGAGGAUCGAGCGAGUCACCGACUAUCAGCCACCGCCACCGCCACCGCCUGUCGCGCAGUUCAGGAGAAGAGGCGCUGGUGCCAAGGUCGCCAAGGGGGUGAGCCGCCAGAUGGCGCAACCACCUCCAGUGCCAGCUGGAACGCCAAUGCUCAGCGCUCGUAGAAACAACCACAAUGGCGGAGGCGGCGCUGAAUUGGCGGAGGAUCGGGAUCGGAAUGGUGAUGGAAACGGUGAUGGAGAAGGGGAUCACCACAACAUUGCCAUACCGCUCGUCCAGAAUCCGCAGCAACUGCCGCCGGCGAAGCGGGAUGCACUGCUGCAGCUUCUGCAGCGGAGCGAGCAGCACGACAAGGGCAUCGUGGAUAUGGUGGGCGCCACCGGAGACGCCUCCCGGGACACCAUGCUCAUGCUGCUCCAGAUGAUACCCCUUAGCCUGACUGAUUCCCCGUAUAAGGAGAAAUUAUUGAAAGGACAUCGCCAACUGAAGGAGCGCCAGGAGAUGAAGGUGCUGGAGAAGGAACUGAAGGACGAAAACAAGGUGCACACCUAUAUGAAAACUGAGCCUAAAGUGCACGCCACCGGACGGUACAAUAGUGUGAGUAAUGCCCCAGAGUAUCGAAGCGUUCAGCAUCCGCUGACCGAACGCCAGGAGCAGGCGAUGCGGGAGCGGGCGCAGCUGGAACGGGACAAGCAGCUGGUGAUCAGCUGCCGCGAGAAGCGUCUUCUCAAGGAGCAGAUUAGGAAGCUGAAUGAUAGCAACCAGAUUAAGAAGAAUCCAACUACUCCCAGACCCACUGAUCCGUGGCAGCAGGUCCUCCAUGAGCGGGACCGCUUUCAAGCCAACUGCAAUCGCAGCUGUUUCUACAACAAUUCACACAGCUCAGCGCCCUGGAAAAUCUAUGCCAAAGUGGCUAGCAAGCUAAGCUCGCAGCUAAUCGAAAGCGUGGAUGUCGAAUUUCAUCGCAGUGUAGCCAAUUAUAUCAACGACAUUGUAGGCCACAAAGUGAACUGAUAAUGGCAACAACCUGCGACUGCCAACCCUUUUAUAUGAUUUUACAGAACUUAAUGUAGAGCUCUAUGCUAAUCUUAUGGUAUCGUGAAUAGUAACUUUAUUCCGCCACAAGGUGACAAAUUGUAAGUGUAGUAAAAUUAACAGAACUUUAAAAAUCCAUGGACAAAAAAUGAUGUAAAUAAAAA